AUGUCCGUCAUUAUAACGACGGUUCCGGUGACUGUGACUGCAAGUCAGUCGGUCCUUGUCGUCACCUCGACCAUUGCAGCAUCUCAACUCUCAAUCGCUACGGCCAAUCCGACUGAAUCAGCCAACAGCGUGAGCGCUACUGCCUCUUCUGCCAAUCAAGUCAGCCGAUCCUUAUCAGCUGGCGACAGCACCUCAUUAACUAGUCCCUCAGGCACUGCAUCAUCAAGUGACAACUCUGCGCCUUCUCACCCCCCUAUCGGUGGCAUUGUAGGAGGUGCUGUAGGAGGUGUCGCGUUAAUAGCUUUCAUCCUCCUCCUUGCCUGUCUCUUCAGAAAGCGUCGCAAAGCAAAGAAAGAUGCCAACCUCUUCCCUGCCAACUCGGUCGUCAUGACCGAUGCUGCUUCCGCGCUCCCUCUUCUCGGUGCUGACAGAUCGAUCCAUGGCGGCUCGCACACUGGUGCUCACGUAUCCGAAGCCCACUCUUCCCACUUGCAUCGACCAUCAGCCGCUUCGCUCGCACCAAGUUUCAUCAUGGGCUCAUCGGCAUCCUUCCCUCAUUCACACGGCAGCCACUAUGGCCAGCCUCUGAACGGUGCCUUAUCUGGUAGCAGCCAAGACUAUCCUGGUGGCUUCGCAAACGGUUACCCGGAUGUCCACCGCACCGCCUUCUACGAACCUCCGAUGCCUCCUGCAGUUGACCCCCGCAUCGGGCCAUCCGCCAAGAUGAUCGAUCCUCGAGCACAUGUUGUUCCUCCCGGCAUGGCAAGCCUCCCGACGGGGGCUGCACCUUCCGACUAUGCUGCGUUGAGUGAAGCUGCUCGUUGGCGAGGCAUGCAACAAGCACCACCUCCUAGUACGCCAGGCUUUGAACCAGCCUGGUCCGGUGCUGCAUCGUUGAAUGACGCUAGUAGCCAUCGAGGAUCUCACGGCAGUUCACUAGCCAUGCACCCUGCUGUCAUGCAGUUUUCGGAGGAACCCGGACCGAUUGCCACUGAAGCUGAGCAUCUGCAACGUCGGCCACCUGCCGCUAGAUUUCCAGGCCAGCAGUCCAAGCUGGACACCAUUCCAGGCUCUGUCGCUGUCUCCGAAAUCGCGAGCGGUGAUCACCACUGGAUGCACUCUGGCGCAACGAGCCAGCGUGGCGACCUCUCAGUACCUCCCAAGCUUCCAUCGAUCCCUGCUUCAAGCCCUCUUAUCUUGCAGGGAGCUACGUCGUUUGCACCGCAGAACUCUCUAGCUGUCAACGCUGUGUUUCCGGCUGCUGUCGGAUUGGCGGGACCGAGCCUGACUGCUGAAGCCGGCGCCGACACGUUUCAGUCGUCCAAUGGUACCUACAACAGUGACGGCACCUACAACACUUAUACGGGAGCUGUCAAGGGGCAACUUCGCGUAGUUGGCGAGUCUACCGAAGGCCCUAUGAGCAUCCUUGAAGAAGCUUCUCACAGCAGGGCACCGAGGCGAGACAUGAGCGGUGACUCAAAGAACGGCGAGUUCUGGGUGGAUGCUUCUGAGAAGGCGCAACUUGGUGCUGCGGGCAGACGACUUGGCCAACACUCUGCCAACAACAGCACUUGGAGCAUCAACAAGACGGGGAGCCGAAUGAUCGAGAUGCUUGACACAGACGAACAACCUAACCUGCCAACUUCUGUCACUGGCCCUGAUGAGCCAUCUCGAAAGCAGAUAGCUGCUCCUUCCCGACCUUCGUUUUGGAAGGAGCGCACCAAGUCGUCCCAAUCUAUCACCAAGGUCUUCCGCAACUCUCCUCUCACUGGUGCGCAUGCAGCGCCCUCCGAUCGCUCUCCUGCGAUGAGUACCAACAGUGCACGUUUCGGCGGAGCCCUCGCCGACUCUGCUGGAGCCAAUGGCAUUUCUGGUCGAGCUGCCGAGACUGAGCAUCUGCCACUGCUCGAUCUAGGCAAGUCGGCGACAUCUUCGGCGGACUCGCCCAAGCCGAUGGAUGGAGAGGCUGACAUGUGGAAAGAGUCGUCGAUGGCCAGGUCUGCUAACAAUGCGAUGCGAAAGUGGACCAGGAAGAAGCCAGGCAAGAGCGCAUCCAAGGGCAACGAGGUGGAUGUGGAUGAGCUCUUUGGUUGA